AGUGAUAAUUGGAAGAAAUACACCUUCAAUGCUACUGAAGAUGGACACUCGGUUAUAAUCUCUGGUAUUUGGAAUCUAAACGACUUACAACAUGACGAUGAUUGGAGUAGAUAUUUUGAACAAAAUAUCAGAGAUUUUGGAGGCACACUCACAGAAUCAAUAGAAGUCCUUGGUGGUGAGGCUGAAAUAUGGAGCACACAUGCGGAUGAGACCAAUGUGAUCUCACUGGCUUGGCCCAGAGGUGCCGCCGUGGCUGAACGACUCUGGUCGAAGCACACUGUAAAUGUUAGUGAAUUUGGAGAGAGAGUGGAAGAACUUCGAUGCAGGAUGCGCCA